AUGUAGUAUAAUAUAUUUCGAGUUAUGCGAUAGAGAGAUAUCACACUUUUUUGGUUUCAUUGAGCCAUCGUGGUCAUCGAGAAUUGGGACAAAUAUGGAUAAUCAGGCUGAAAUUAUCUCAGAGCGUAUCAAUAACACAGUAAUGGGUCAAACUUGGUUAAUGCCAUAUCAUUUCUUUGUCUCUUCACACAUUAAGCGAAAGACAGGAAGGAAUGAAAAAAAUUACAAGUGGAAAAUAGUCAAUUGCCCUCGUCAAACAUCGUCAGUAGAAUGCGGCUUUUAUAUCAUAAGGAUGAUGAAUGACUAUUGCUUGAAUGAGACACCAAUGCGAUGGCUAACUAGUAAUUGUGGUGGAAAGAAUACAUAUACACUUGGUGAAAUUAAUGAAACUCGAAAUGAAUGGGCAGCCAAGCUUCUUGAGCGGAUGAGUCAUAGCUAGAGUAACUUUUGAAAUUAGAAUUAAAAAAUAUACUAAUUGUAGUAUUUAGUUAGUACUUACAUAGUUAUUCCAAGU